UCGCAGGAGGUCGACAAACACUCUUUUCUUUUCGGUCAGGGAACAAAGGUCGCGUUUCUCAAGGUGCUGCAGAAGUCGCCAAUAGUGUGUUAAAGUGGAGACUUGGCACUCUUUAACUUGGAACGCGCUCAGACUUUAUCGUGGCCAUUAUCGGGGCGAGGCUCUGACACCAUCUAUUGACAAUGAGUCAGAAAUGAACCUCAACCCGAGCGCUUUUCGCUUUCUGAGCUCAGACUGCUCCGCGCGCGCGCACGCUCAACCAGCAACAGCUAAAGCCGGUUCUGUGUGAGCUAACCUUUAUUUUUCCUCUAAGCAGAUACACACACAACAGGACGGACCAUGCCUAAACCAGUCAACGUCCGCGUCACUACAAUGGACGCCGAGCUGGAAUUUGCCAUCCAGUCUGUCACCACAGGCAAACAACUCUUUGAGCAGGUCGUCAAAACAGUGGGCUUGCGUGAAGUGUGGUACUUUGGCCUGCAGUAUAUGGACAACAAAGGAUAUCUUACCUGGCUGAAACUGGAGAAAAAGGUGUUAUCUCAAGAUGUAAAGAGAGAGACCCCGCUACAGUUUAUGUUCCGGGCUAAGUACUUCCCUGAGGAUGUGGACAAUGAGUUGAUCCAGGACAUCACACGCAAACUAUUCUUCCUUCAGGUGAAAGAUGACAUCUUGAGUGAUAAUGUCUACUGCCCUCCGGAGACAGCCGUGCUACUGGCGUCCUAUUCCGUACAGGCCAAGCAUGGAGAUUUCACCAAGGAGAGCCACAAGUCUGGCUAUCUUACAUCAGAGCGCUUGCUACCCCAAAGAGUGCUUGAGCAGCACAAACUCUCUAAAGGUCAAUGGGAGGAAAGGAUCCAGGUUUGGCAUGAGGAGCACAGUGGCAUGUUAAAGGAAGAUGCUAUGCUGGAGUACUUAAAAAUUGCACAAGAUUUGGAAAUGUAUGGAGUUAACUACUUUGACAUCAAGAACAAAAAAGGAACAGAGCUAUGGCUGGGUGUGGAUGCUCUUGGACUGAACAUCUAUGAGAAGGAAGACAAAUUGACACCAAAGAUUGGAUUCCCUUGGAGUGAAAUAAGGAACAUAUCUUUCAAUGACAAGAAGUUUGUCAUCAAACCAAUUGACAAAAAGGCUCCAGAUUUUGUGUUCUACGCUCCUCGCCUGCGCAUCAACAAGCGCAUCCUGUUGCUGUGCAUGGGGAACCAUGAGCUGUACAUGCAGCGCAGGAAGCCUGACACCAUUGAGGUCCAACAAAUGAAGGCACAGGCCAGGGAGGAGAAACACCAGAAGCAGAUGGAGAGAGCCCUGCUUGAAACUGAGAAGAAAAAGAGAGAAAACAUUGAGAAAGAAAAGGAGCAGAUGGAAAGAGAGAAGCGAGAAAUGAUGUUGAGGCUUUCCCAGUUCGAGGAGAAGGCCAAGAAAGCAGAGAAAGACCUGCAGAUGCAACUGGACAGAGCAGUGCGGCUGGAGGACGAGAGGCGAAAGGUAGAGCAGGAGGCUGCUCGUCUGGAGGCUGAGAGACAGGCGGCUCUGCUGGCUAAAGAAGAGCUGGCCAGACAGGCUGAGAACCAGAUGAAGAACCAGGAGCAGCUGGCUGCAGAACUUGCUGAGUACACUGCAAAGAUCACCCUGCUGGAGGAUGCCAGAAGAGCCAAGGAGCAAGAGGCUAACCAAUGGCAGAACAGGGCUAAGGAGGCACAAAAUGACCUGGUGAAAACUCGUGAGGAGCUGCACUUGAUGAUGGCUGCCCCAGUUCCACCACCACCACCACCGCCUAUGGUCAUUGCAGAUGAAGUCCAUGUGGAGGACCAUGAUUACCACGAUGAGAACAUGAGAAGCUACAGUGCUGAGUUCCUGGUUGAGGGAAUUCGGAACAACCGCAAUGAGGAGGAUCGUCUAACUGAGGCUGAGAAAAAUGAGCGUGUGCAGAGGCAGCUUAUGGCCCUGAGCUCUGAGCUGGCAGACGCGCGGGAUGAUACCAAGAAGACUCAAAAUGACAUCCUGCACAUGGAGAACAUGCGUGCUGGGAGAGACAAGUACAAGACCCUGCGUCAGAUCCGUAUGGGCAACACCAAGCAGAGAAUAGAUGAGUUUGAAGCCUUGUAGAGACUGAUAUAAUCUCUGAAUAACCUCAACUAAAACAAAACAUUCUGCUAGCUCACCAAUGCUCUCACUUUCCAUUUGGUGUCCAAGUACCUGUUAUUUAGCCUUUCUUACUUUUAUUUAAUCAUGGUAGGUUUAUUGGACAGAAUUGUAUUUUUAUAGAUUUCUAUUCUUGGAUAAGGUGUUAUGAAGUGGAGCAACUUGGGAUCAAGACCUUACUGAUGGGCACAAUGAUCAUGGUUACAGGAGGUCUUAGUUUCCAACCAGCUCACAUGCCAGUUUUGAGCCCUAAUCCACUGAAAUGCAUCUCACAAUAUACUUACCACAUUAUGUUCACCAUAAAUACAUCUAGUAACUGUUAACCGCUACUUUUUUUAGGGUUAGGACACUAGGCCAGAGUCCUUCUGCCAAGAACAUAUUUAUACUAAUUGUGCCAUAACUUCUUAAAACAGAAUAAUUUUAAAGUUCCCAUCCUUUUUGUUGUUCUUUCUUUCGUAAAAUAGUGCUGAUAGACAGAGAUUUAUGGGGAAAACGUCAAGCUGUAAGAUUAGACUUCCUGUUUAAGAGACCGAAUGCAUUCAAUUUUAGCUCUGUAUAUAUUGUUGGAAUAGAAAGGAACAAAAUGGGAAUGGAAUUCAUUUUUGUUUAUGUUUUUGGACUUUGUUUGCCAAUUUAAGUUCUUCACACUACCUUUGAUUUUGAUAAAUUUUAAUAAUAAAUCACAACACAUCUAGUUGCUGUGCAUAUAUUUCUAUGUAAGAUUUUAAUAUAAAUAGAAACAAUUAGAAUUGUAUCUAAUUUUUAAAUCCUGAAAUGCCAUACUGGUAUGGGGUUGAAUUCAGCAUGCCAUUCAAACAAACCUAAACACGCAUUACUACCACAUCAGUGUCAAAUGUUCAGUGUUUGAUGUGGGCCAAGUACAGUUUAUAAAAUAAAAUAAAAAGAACCACAAUCUAGUCCAUGCUCCAUUUUUAAAGAAGUAAUAACACAAGCCAUAUGUUUUUUAACCCAAUAGCUAUUUAAAAACCUUUCCGUUUAAGAAAAAAAAAAACCUGGUUUGUCUGUGGUAAAUCAGUGACUAAUUUAUUAGUCCACUUGUUCCGCUGUAAGCUGAAGAAGGAUUGGAGUUAAAAGGUGGAUUGUUUGAUGGAAUAUUUACUCACUGACCACAUUGCUAAUUGUGUUGCUAGACAACAACUUAAAAUGCUUGGAAACCAUAUCAUGUUUAAAUAUAUGCUUGGGUAAUGAUUGGAACUGUACAUUGUAGUGAGUUACAUGGAAGUAACAUUCCAGAGACACAUUAAAGUUGAGCCCCAUUAUUUACAGUAAAAAAAGAAACACAAACAGAAAAUAAACUAGUAAAUAUCUAAUUUGCUAUAAAAGUUUUCUGCAUUCAUUAUUUGUUAUAAGAAAUAUCAAAAUUUGAAUAGACAUCAGUCUACCAGUUGCCUAAACAAAUUUGAGUUGGUCAAACUUGUAUCCGAUCAGUGCCAGCUUUUAAGUUAUUUCACAGCUUCCUAAUUAUUUGACUAAAAUUGCCAAUAAAUGUUUGAGAUUUUUUCAUC